UCGGUCGAGCGGAAGUGACUUGCUUUAUGGAGAACACUCAGCGUAUAUCGGUGGUGUCUACAAUUACCUGACUAUAGGGCCUCUUCCACGUAGUCCCUUUCGUCCUCUUCAGACUGAUCCAGAGUCGAACGCAACCCCCUUUGGCCUCAGAUCCAACACCCCUUUUUGGCGCGAGAACGAGAAUCCUUGACCGAGGUUGACAAGCAGUCUUCGUUGCACCCUAAUACCUUAUCUUCACUUAGCUCAACAUGUCGGAUUCAAUGAAUUCGACACCUCCCGGCGCAGUGGACGACAAGUUCGCGCCUCUGAAAAGGAAUCACGCCUGCUUACAAUGCAAGAAGCGGAAGGUGAAGUGCGACGCUAUUCAUCCAACUUGUUCGCCAUGUAUGAGGUCUUAUCAUCACGCCGCACGUGCAGCUCAGCGGAACAAGAGUGAACUUCCGGUGCUGGUCUGCACGUAUGCCGAGGUCGAUUCGAACCCUGGAUCUGAAGAUGAAAUGCCGAUCUUAAUCCGAAGUGGCGAGGAGAAGAGAAAGAAGCGGUCGCGAGAUGCCAACCCAGCUCAAACGAGGCAUCGAGAUGACGAUAUUGGUAUGGAGACGGAGCGAGAAGCUUUGAUGGCUAGAAUAGCGGAACUAGAGCACCGACUUAACGGAUUGACUCCAACGGACUCCAUCCCCUCAAGACCUUCCAGCUCUGGUCCACGUAAACCAACCACCCCAAGUCGAGCUUUCGACGAAACUACUGCCUGGCUACAAGGUGCCCUUACCUCCAACCCGAAAGGCCAAAACCCUCCGGUCCAUGUCAGCCAACCGAUAGCUAGCCAGGCUACAAUUCCAGCCUCCAUCGCGCCUAAUCUCGACGCCUUCGACUUUGGCUCGUACUUUUUGGUGCCGAUGCAUUGGCCUCCCGGUCUGCCAUCGCCUUUCUUGCUGGAACACUUGAUUGAAACAUUCUUCAACAGUGUGCCUCAUUUUGGUCGGAUCUUGCAUAGGGCAUCAUUGCUCGCGCGUGUCAGAUUGCCUCCGACAUCUCCCGAUUUCCCUCACGCUUCACUCCUCCAUUCUAUCUGUGCGACAGCGGCCACGCAUACUGCUUGGGUCAACAACGUCCCGGCAGAGGCUAUGGAGGAAAUGCUUUUGAAAAAUCAAUUCCUCAAGACGAGUCUCGAGAUUUCAGAAGAUUUUGCCUUGAUGCAAGGAGACCUUGCGGAGAAGAGUAUGAAACAAGCUGCUUCAUUGUGCAUGAUGGGCCCGGGAAAUACGAUGCUAGAGAUCGCCCAAGCUAGUACGAUCCUCGCCGAAGUGUAUUACAACAAGAGCUUGCCAAUGCAGGGCUGGAUCAUUUCAGCUUUUGGGCCCAGAUUGCUGCACGCUUUGGAGUUGAUGAACAAAAAUCGAGCCAAUUCAGUCAAGGAACCGCUGUUGACCGAGCCGAGGGAUACCUUUGACCGAGAGCAACGAAUAGCGACAGUUUGGGCGACUUUUAUCGUGGAUGCCGGUUUCGCCCUGAAUAGCUUCUGGGCCGGUAGUAUCGACUUUGCGGAACUCUUGACACCGUUCCCUGCCAGUACAAUACAUUUCCACUCCAAGGACGACAGCAUCCCACCAAAUCCGCAGACCGCUUUCACUCCGGACAUGCUGACACAUCAUCCCGUCCAGGACCCUUUCGCGCUCGCUUGCAAAGCGUCGACACUGACCUGGCGCUCUGCAAAAUGGAUCCGUACAUGGACCCAGCGUGACCAAGUGCCCGGAGAUACGCUCAAUGGUCUGGCCAGGCCUGACUUUAUGGAACUGAUAAAGGACAUCACAGGAUUCCAAGCCAGCAUUCCCGUGUCAAUGAAGAAUCUCUUCAAGAUCCUGGACCAGUCAUCCGGACAGUCGUUUGACGCAGACAUCUUGAUGAUCCAUAUCAUGCCAAAUCUGUCCUUGGCUCUCAUUUAUGAGGCUAUGUUGGACUGGGACAACCCGAACCCUUACUGCGUUCAGCAGAUACAAAAGGCGUUUGAGGGCAUCAUCGGAGUCCUCUACCUGAUUCCAACGAAUCUGGAUGUCAGUCUCGUACUGACGUCGCUCCUGGCAUUCUCCAUCUACACGACUGGGCGGAUUCUCUCCAAUUUUAUCCAACACGCCAUUGGAGCGGAACAGUUCACGGUCGCUAUGCGUUAUCGAGCGGAUCUGCAAACCUGUCAGAACGUUUUGAGUCGUUAUGGACAAAAACACGCCCUCGGCCUCAUGAUGUCAAAAUUCCUUGAAGCCUAUAUAUCUGUCCCCGCUCGUAAUCUACGCGCAAGUAACCAGUAACGCCGGGCAUCGUGAUUCCCAGUCAUCCGGUCCCUCCACAGGUUCGACUGGCCAGGUGCCACGGACUUCAGCGAUUGACUCGUCAGCACCAGGUAGUACGAGCAGCGGUAUCACUCCACCAGUCAUUCAGACUGUGACACCCGAGUCCUCAGGUAUCAGCCUGAUU